AUGUGCAGCGAUCAUGCUGCGAUCUGCAUCCUGGCUGCCUUCAAGUCGCGGCUGGCCACCAGCCCGCCGCGCACCUUUCCAGCCACCCCCGUUGUGGCAGCCCCCGUCGCCGUUCGCGCAUGCCCCGGGCCGCGCCGGUGUUGUGCCAUCUUUCAUUUCAGGAACCCGUUCAGGAUGCGUUGUACCUCCCGCUUGACCCUUGCCUCUCUCGCCAUCGCUGCCGCCCUGCCGGUGGCCGCCCAGUCAUCUGGCGCCGGCUCCAACGUCACCAUCAGUGGCUAUCUGGACGCGGGUGUGUUCCGGGAUUUCGACAAGACCAGCAAGCUGGGAACGAUUCAGCGCAGCAACCUGGCCAUUGCCGGCUUCGAAGACCUGGGCGGCGGCCUGAAGGCCACCUUCCGCCUGAGCACGCGCUUCGACCUGGACACGGGCCUGACCGAGGACUAUCCGAAGAAGCCCUUCUGGCAUGACGAGUCCACCGUGGGCCUGCAGGGCAACUGGGCCACCUGCGCCUGGGCCGCGCGCUCAGCGCCAUGUGGAGCCAGAAUGGCAGUUCGAUCCCUGGGGCAACUUCAACCGUAUCGCCUCGCCGGCCUGGCACAUGGCCCACUACCUGACGCCCACCGACCGCGCCAGCAACAACGGCUCGCCGAAUACGGCCGCAUGUCCAACGGCGUGUUCUACGACUCGCCCAAGUUCGGCGGCUUUUCCCUGCACCUGAGCGCCUCGCCCGAACGCACCCAGGCGCCCGGCCGCCAGGGCCGUGCGCGUUCGGUAUCGGUCAACUACGACCAGGGCGCGGUGGCGGCCAUGGUGGCGCACGAGCGCAACGGCAGCGGCGACACCGACCUGUACAUGGGCGGCAAAUACCGCAUCGGCACGGCAGCGGUGAUGCUGGCCUAUGACCGCAGCAAGUCGGGCACGCCCGGCACCGGCCCCGACAAAUCGCGCAUGGUCUCGCUGGGCGCCACCUACGGCAUGGGCGCGACCACGCUCAAGGCCAGCUAUGCGCGCCAGCGCCUGGACCGAGACACCAACAACAUGCUGUCGCUGGGCGCCGAGUACGCGCUGUCCAAGCGCACCAUGCUCUACACCAGCCUGGGCCAUCAGCGCUACGAGAACCAGAGCUCGCGCACGGCCUUCGGCGUCUGGAGCCGGCAUGGGCUGAGGGGUGGCGGGCAGGGCGGUGAGUUCCAUGCCGCGCUCCAGCUUGAAGACGCUCACGGCCUGCUGCAGGCCGUAGGCCUGUUCCUGCAGGGACUGUGCUGCUGCGGCGGCUUGCUCGACCAGGGCCGCGUUCUGCUGGGUGACCUGGUCCAUCUGGGAGAUGGCCUGGUUGAUCUGCUCCAGGCCCGCCGUCUGCUCCACGCUGGCAGCGGUGAUCUCUCCCAUGAUGUCGGUCACGUUGCGCACGCUGCUGACGAUGUUCUGCAUGGUCUGGCCGGCCUGCGCCACCAGGGCCGAUCCGGUGCUGACCUUGCCGUUGGAGUCCUCGAUGAGGAGCUUGAUCUCCUUGGCUGCAUCGGCGCAGCGUCGCGCCAGUGCGCGCACCUCGGCCGCCACCACGGCAAAGCCCCGGCCCUGCUCGCCCGCGCGCGCCGCCUCGACGGCGGCGUUGAGCGCGAGGAUGUUGGUCUGGAAGGCGAUGGCGUCGAUCACGCCGAUGAUGUCGGCGAUCUUGCGCGAGGAGGCAUGGAUGGCGUCCAUGGUGUCCACCACCUGGGAUACCACCUCGCCGCCUUGCUGGGCGACGGUCGAGGCCGAGGCUGCCAGCUGGUUGGCCUGGCGCGCGUUGUCGGUGUUCUGGCGCACGGUAACGGUGAGCUGCUCCAUGGAGGCAGCCGUCUCCUGCAAAGAGCUGGCCUGGUGCUCGGUGCGCAGCGACAGGUCGUUGUUGCCCGAGGCGAUCUGGCUGGAGGCCGUGGCGAUCGAGUCCGUGCCGUUGCGCACCUGCCUGACGAUGUGGAUGAGGCUCUGGUCCAUGCGGUGCAGCGCGUGCAGCAGCUGGCCUGUUUCGUCGGUGGUGGUGGCCUGGAUGCGGCGCGUCAGGUCGCCUUCGGCCACGGCCUGGGCCACGCCCACGGCCUCGAUCAGCGGCCGCGCCACGAUGCGCGCCAGCGCCAGCGCCAGCGCCAGUCCCAGCGCGAUGCUGGCGGCCAGCAGCCCCACCACCCAGGCGCGCGCGCUGCGGUACAGAUCAUUGGCGUGCCUGUUGGCCUCCUGGCCGGCAUCGUGGUCGAUCUGCACCAUGCGGUCGAUCUGGUCGUACAGGCGCCGGCUCAGCUCCAGCGAUUCACCCUGCGCCAGCACCAAGGCUUCGUCCUUUCGGCCGUUGCGUGCCAGGGUCAUGAUCAUGGCGUGCUCCCUGGCAUAUGCGCUGCGCAGCCGGCCCAGCUCGUCGUAGGACGCCCUUUCCUGCUCGGUUUGGAUGAA